AUGUCCGCCUUCAACACGCCCUGGUUCAACUCACAAGACCCAUCAUUCUUCAACUCGCUCAAUAAGAGCAAAAUUGCACAUGUAGCGCUAUGCGCCGAGACCGAAGAUUUCGAUGAAGAGGUUAUGCAAGCUUGGAAAGACGAGGGGUUUCAUUGUGUAUAUGUGCCGCUGUUGGAAGGCGGAGAUGACUUUAUUCGAAGGUUGCAUAUUGUGGGAGAUCAAUUUGGUGUGAGUGAACAGUAUGCUGUUGUAGCAUACGGCACAGCAGCAAACCUCGCUCUUCUCGGCCAUACCAAACCCAAUCAUCCCAAGCUCGUGGCCAUCGUCGCAUACUACCCCAAUGUCAUUCCCUCCAUCCAUACAAAAUACCCCGCGGGCGUAAAAGUCCUCGUCCAUCUCGCAGGAAACGAAGUCACUGUCCAACAACACCACGAAGUCCUUGGUCUGCAAGGCAAACGGUCCUUGGUCAAGAAGCGCAUCGAUCCCGGAAUCGGCUAUGGCGAACGCCUCAACAUCGCCUUUCAAACUUACACGUACACGGGCUGUCGCUCCGGUUUUGCCGAAUCGGAUUUGGAAGAAUUCGAUCCCGUCGCUGCCAAACUCGCUUUUACGCGCUCCUUGACUACCGUGCGAAAAGGCUUUCGUGUCGAACCGGAUGUGGAAGCGGUGCGUGAUCAUCACGUGUCAUAUCUCCACUCGGGGAAAAUUGAAGCUAUGGUCAAGCAGACGAGGGAGACGGCGCAUAUUAUCCAUACUCCGACCUUAACGGGUGGCGUGGGAGCCGAAGACAUCGGGGAGUUUUAUAAUGAGUUUUUCACGCCUUUACAACCUGGUGGUGAUGGUCCUGGAGCGACGAUUCUGAAACUGCUCAGUCGGACGAUCGGUGCCGAUCGGAUUGUGGAUGAGAUUUAUCUGUCUUUUGGACAUACGAGGGAGAUUUCGUGGCUGUUACCGGGGACUCCUCCCACGAACCGCAAGAUUGAGAUUGUGAUGGUGUCGAUCUUUCAUGUCGUGGGAACGAAACUCGAAUCGGAACAUAUUUACUGGGAUCAGGCGAGUGUGCUUGUGCAAGCUGGCUUGCUGGAUCCGAAGUUGGUGCCAGGGGAGAUGAAGAAGAAGGGGAUGAAGAUGUUACCGAUUGUGGGAGCUGAAGCCGCAAGAACUGUGAAAAGAGGGAGUAGUCGGCAUGUCAAUGACUUGGUGCCGGAUUGGUGAUGAUUACUAGUCAUUUCCCGCAGGGCCACUCAUGCCUGCUUGUCCUUUGAACGCUUCGAGCAUAUUCUUGGCCAAGUCCAGAUCCACGUCAUUGAAUUCUUCCUCAUCGGAAGAGAGUUCCGCGCCCUCCUCAACUUCCGAGAGAUUAUCAAAAGGACCGGUUUUGGCAAAGGCAGGAGGAGUGAGCCUUAUUUGUUUACUUUGAUCGCUUCGUGAUGACGGAGGAAUUUCUUCGUCCGCGGAUUCUUCGUCAUCUUUCGCAAAUUUAACGGCUUUGCUCUUCGUAGGCUUGGUGGUGGUUGCAAAUGCAGACAUGUUGGGUGGCCGUGGCGGACCAAAGACAGGCUUGCUCUUCGCAGCAUUAUCUGUGGACCUCACCUUCUUGUACGUCCCGUUCUCAAGGUUCAGAGCUCCGUGACCUUUGAGUUCCUGCUCCAUCAACUCGAUGACUUUCCGCAUUUCCUCAUCUUCGUCAAUAUCGCUCAUGUCUGCGUCGUCAUCCUCCAAAGCCAGUUUGCGCGCUUCGUCCAGCAAGCCAGACUUUUCGAGAUGCCAGUCUGGCAUAGCCGUUGUGUCGUGGAUGGCGCGCUCGAACUCCAUAUCUUCGAGAGCUUCCGGCCCGUUAAAGCAGGUCGGUGGCUCCUCGGACUCAUCGUCUCCUCUUUCUGAUGUUGCAAAGUCUUUGGCUUUGGAGGGACCUGUACUCGUUUUCGUGUCUGCGUCGUCAUUCACAGAGGAUGAACUGGUGGCAUCACCAUCAUCAUCAUCGUCCAUAUCGUCAACUCCAUCUACUCCAGCUUCAUCGUCCUCCAGAAAGUCUUCGAACCGGGAGACCAUCUUUCGCAGGUUGUCUUGCGCGCCUUGAUCGCCGAAGCCGCCCUUCUUGCCGCGCGCCUCCCCUUUGCCAUCUAGUUCCUUCUCGAAGUCGUUAUAGUCGAUGUCAAGCCACUUCUCAUCAUCUUGCGUCUUGGGCCAUUCCUUCAGCUCUGAAUCUGUUGGCAAGUCCUCCUCUCCGUUCUCCAUGUCUUCUAACAACAGUUUCAUCUCCCGCACGGCCCGCUUGUCCUGAUUUUGGCUGUCGGUCACCACCAUCUCGAACCCACAAGUAAGUUUCAUCCCGAUCGCCACUUUCUCAUCCUGCAUUCGAGGGAUAAUACCAGUCCAGGCUGGAGGCGGGUCGAAUAGCUGACUUCGCAGCUGAGCAUAACCCACCUUUGUGAACUUGACGCUCACAGUGACAAAGUCCUCAGGUGGAAAAUUGAGGGUGUUGGUAUCUUUUGUGGCAAGAGGUUUCAGACUGAUCGGAUCUCGUAAGUAGAAAGCUUCGAUAGCGGGCGAAAUAUAAGAUGGAUUUCGAUGGAGGAGAUAUGCCAAUCUUCUUGGGAUGGUUACGAGAGCAUGAUGAAAAGAAGAAGAGAUAGCUGAAGGAUAUUCCUGGAGCCUAUGGAAAGCUUCUUUCUCGAUCGAUGGAUCUACGAGAAGCUUGUCUGGCGUUCGUUUGAUGAAUAAUAGCGCCUCCUCUGAAGUCAGGUUUCGUGGUGGCGAGUGUUCAUCGAGUGGGAUGAUCUUGAUACGGCCUUCAUGAAUCCAGACGCGGUUUUCGGCGAUCUCAGGAUUGAGCCAUUUCGGCAACGAAUUGGCAGCUUCGAUGAGCAGAAACUCGCCAUCAGUGUCGUAGACGCGUAUCCAGGCAUCCGGAAACUUCUUGCUCAGUUCGUGCAGCAGAUGCACGACAAGCCACUCAUCUGCUACUGAGUCACCAAAGUCUGUCCGUCCUCGCAAGUGGGGAACGGUCUUAACAGCUUCAUUCUGAUCUGGUUUCGACAGGUCGAUCUUCGGAUGCAGCGCAAGGUCGAACUCUUGCCGCUGCCAGAUGUAAUCUUUGAGUAGCGUCUUCUUGAACUCAUUUGCCGCUCUACGCAAUCGUCUGGCAGACGCUUAGGGAAGCCAUCGAAGCCUUCGCCGAACCACUUCAGGCCAUCAUCUGGGAGUUGGUCUUCCAUGGAUACCACAGGAAUAUGUUCAUAGCCGUCGCAAGGCUUCCACGCUGUGCG